GAUAUGUAAAGGAACCCCCCAGCACGAGGAGAUCUGCCUGGGUCUUUUCACUCUGGUCUUAACCGAACCUGCUCAGGCACAGAAGUGCUACCGGGACUUGGCACUGGUGAGCCGAGAUGGCAUGAACAUCGUUCUCAACAAGAUCAACCAUAUUCUCAUGGAGAAAUACUUGAAGCUGCAGGACACUUGUCGGACCCAGCUGGUGUGGUUGCUGCGGGAGCUGGUGAAGAGCGGGGUGCUCGGAGCGGACGGUGUCUGCAUGACCUUCAUGAAGCAGAUCGCAGGUGGGGAUGUGACAGCGAAGAAUAUCUGGCUGGCUGAGAACGUCCUGGAGAUCCUGACUGAGCAAAGCUCCUACCAGCUCUUGCUGUGGUCUUCCCCUGUGCUGGUCCUACUGGCCGCUGCCAUCCCACGCUCUGAAAUGCUCCUCGUUUCUCCAAAGCACGUUGCACCUUCUUUCAUGGACUGCUUCAUGAUCGGCCGGGACCUUGUGCGGCUGCUUCAAAACGUUGCGAGGAUCCCCGAGUUCGAGCAGCUCUGGAAGGACAUCAUCCACAACCCGCAGGUCCUCAGCGCACAGUUCACAGGUGUCCUGCAGCUCCUCCAGUCGAGGACUUCUCGCAAAUUCCUGGCGUGUCGCCUCACUCCCGACAUGGAAACCAAGCUGCUCUUCAUGACCUCGCGGGUAAUUCCCUCGUGCUCACCAGGGGGGUCCUGUGCCAACACGGGGGAGGAGGGCACGUCCAUGCCCGGCCCACAGUGCACCAGUCCCGUUCCCACGCUGGCACUGGGCACGGGGAGGGAGGGCAGAGCUUUACUGGCGCAGAUCAUUCCCAACUUCUACCCCCCGCUGGAGGCUCACGUCCGGCAAGGCGUGUUCAACUCUCUCACCCACAUCGUGGAGAAGCGAGUCCUUGCACACCUGGCCCCUCUCUUCGACAACCCCAAGCUGGACAAAGAGCUCCGCGCCAUGUUGAGGGAGAAAUUCCCGGAGUUCUGCAGUUCGCCCUCGCCCCCCAUCGAAGUCAAAAUCGAGGAACCUGUUUCCAUGGAGAUGGACAAUCAUAUGUCAGAAAAGGAUGACGGUUGCUAUGACAAUGCCGAGGCCGCCUUCAGCGAUGACGAAGAUGACUUGAACAGCAAAGGGAAGAAGAGGGAGUUCAGGUUUCAUCCCAUCAAAGAAACCAUUGUGGAGGAGCCUGUUGAUAUCACACCAUUCCUGGACCAGCUGGACGAGUCGCUGAAGGACAAAGUCCUGCAGCUGCAGAAGGGAAGCGAUACGGAAGCUCAGUGUGAGGUCAUGCAGGAAAUCGUGGAUCAAGUCCUGGAGGAGGACUUCGACUCGGAGCAGUUAUCAGUGCUCGCAUCCUGCCUCCAGGAGCUAUUUAAGGCUCACUUCCGUGGUGAGGUUUUGCCAGAAGAAAUCACAGAGGAGUCUCUGGAGGAGUCAGUGGGGAAGCCUCUCUACCUAAUAUUUAGGAACCUCUGCCAGAUGCAGGAGGAUAAUAGUGGUUUCUCGCUGCUGCUGGAUCUCCUGUCAGAACUCUACCAGAAGCAACCCAAGAUCGGCUACCACCUCCUGUACUAUUUAAAAGCCAGCAAAGCUGCGGCGGGGAAGAUGAACCUCUACGAGUCCUUCGCCCAGGCCACGCAGCUGGGGGACCUGCACACGUGUCUGAUGAUGGACAUGAAGGCCUGCCAGGAGGACGACGUACGGCUGCUCUGCUACCUCACCCCCUCCAUUUACACAGAGUUCCCAGAUGAGACCCUGCGAAGCGGUGAGCUGCUGAACAUGAUUGUAGCUGUCAUCGACUCAUUCCAGUUGCAGGAGCUGGUGUGCCACGUGAUGAUGGGGAACCUUGUCAUGUUUCGGAAAGACUCGGUGCUGAACAUCCUGAUUCAAAGCCUGGACUGGGAGACCUUUGAGCAGUACUGCACCUGGCAGCUCUUCCUCGCGCACAGCAUUCCGCUGGAGACCAUCAUCCCCAUCCUGCAGCACCUCAAAUACAAAGAGCACCCCGAGGCGUUAUCCUGCCUGCUGCUGCAGCUGAGGAGAGAGAAGUAAGUGCCGCCGAGCGCGACGCUGCGCAGGGGCUCCCGCGGGGCUGCCCCCCGGCUUUCCCGAGCACCCUGGGGUGUCGGGGACAAGGGGACACCACCCGGGACAGAGCAGGGUGGCUGCGUGUGACAAGACCCCGGCCGUAGCGCCCUUCGUUGGCCCACGUGCCGACGGGCUGUUUGUCUUGUCCCCCUGCACGUCCUGGAGCGCGG